AUGUCACCGUCCGGUUAUACCCACGGCGACACGCCGCAAAAGGCCAUGGUCCGGGGCGCGCUGUCGUAUCUGCGCGGGACGGGUCUCGUCGUCAACAAGACGGCCGUCUUCCGCCACUUUGGCCUGUCGCGGGCGCAGGGCUACUCGGCCAUCACAGCGCACACGUCUCGCGCCGACGAGCCCGACUGGAUCGAGUCGCGCGGUCGCCCGUCCAAGAUCUCCAAGCAGGCGCUCAGGUUCCUCGAGUACCUGCUGUGGAACGACAUUGGUAGUGCCACGCUCGACGAGGCGACCGCGGUGGCGGUCCUGGAGGGCCGGGCGUGGAGCGAGGAGUCCCAAGACAGCGGAAUCGCAACGACGGCGGAGGACGGGGUCGGCGAGGAAGAGUCCUCCUCGUCUUCAAUGGCGGCGGCACCGCCCGCAGUCACCACCGUCGCCGCGGCCGUCGCCGCCGCCGCGACGGCCACCGCCGCGACCAAGGUGGAGGGCCCGACGUGGGAGAGCCUGAUGCGUCAGGGGAGGGCGUUUGGCCUGCAGACAACGUUCAACGCGCGCACGAUGCGCCGCGCCAUGGGCACGCUGCUCUACCGCCGCUGCCUGUGCUGCCAGGGCACCUGGGUGAACCCGCAGCACCGCACGUCGCGCGUCAAGUACGCCCGCAGCCGGCGCAAGGCCCUGCCGGACGUCGACGACUGGCGGCGCGUCCGCUUCAGCGGCGAGCUGCACUUUGCGUUCGGCCUGGACGGGCGGAUGCGGCUGCUGCCGCGGCCGGGCGAAAAGUACGCCUGCCCGGCGUGCCAAAAGGCGGCAGAGGCGCAAGAGCAGCAGCAGCAGCAGCAGCAGCAGCAGCCCCAGUUGUCGGGUUGGGAUCGCGACAUCCGCCGCGUGCACGCCUGGGCGGCCAUCGGGUACGGGUACCGCAGCGACCUCGUCUUCUACGACGAGCAGACGGGGCCCAAGUCGCUGGGCAUCAUGACGCCGGCGGCGUACCGCUCGGCCGUGCUCGAGCGGGAGGUGCAGGAGUGGCCGGUCGGCGGCGGCCUCGUCUGGGAGGAGGAGCACAACCCGCACGCGGCGGGCGGCAACGCCAUCGACAAGGCGGCCGAGGCGUGGAAGGACGCGCGCCGUCUGCGGCGCCACCGCGGCUGCCCCGACGCGCCGGACCUCUGCCCGCUCGACUUCACGUUCGGCCCGCGCAAGCAGUGGCGGCUGCAGCUGCCGGACUGGGAGCCGGAGACGCUGCAGCGUGCGGCGCGCCAGGUCUGGGCGGCGGUGGACCAGGCCCAGGUGGACGCCUGGGUAGAGAGGAUGCCGCAGCGACUGGACGAGGUCAUCAAGGAAGGGGGGAGUAUGGUGAUGUGGUGA